AUGAGUUUUUUCAGUGGCAUCCGGCAAUGGCUCCCAAGCAUACAUUGGCUGCUAGGCCCACCCGAACCAACUCGCCCUUUCACACCAACCUACGCCGACGUGUGUCGCGCCCGCGCCGUGCUCAAGACCCUCAAAUUACCCACCGAGCUGGUCCUCAGCAUACUAGAGCACGCGCAAUACUGGCCCGUCGAACGGAUUUCCCGGUCAGGCGGAACCGUCCUCGCCCGCGCUGGAAUGAAUAACCCGUCGGCAGCAACUCUCUGUUUCGAAGCCAACCCCUACUCCACGCCCAUUGUGAAAGAAGCCAGCCUAGGCGGCGAAACAGCAAAGAUCAAGCGCAUUGAUUUUGACAUCACGAGUAGAGACCAAGGCUGGACGAGCGAGAACACGCAGGGUACUUUUUCCACCUCUUCAUGGCUUGAGGUGUCCAUCUUGCGCGAUGCAUCGAAUAUCAAUAGUCUGCUUCCUACUCCGCGGUUGGUGAAUACUUGGAUUAGCAGUCCGAUGGAUUAUCAUACUAAUAUGGUGGGGCGCGGUUGGUCGCUUGUCAAGAGGCCCGAGAGUGCGCUGCAAGGCCCGCAGGGUGGUGAGGGGCAUUUUGCUUGGUACCUACAGGGUAAUCGUGUAAUGGCUGGUACUCAGGACUAUCAUGUUUCCUGGGACGAAGGUGGUUUGUGUGAGGUUGAUGAGGGCAACGAGGGUGCGGGGAGUGGAGAAGGCUUCUUGGAUGCGUUGGAGCCUGGUGAUCGUGUGUUGGUUUGGGCGAGGGCCAAGUAUCCAGGGUGGCAAUGCAUUGUUGACGGUGUCAGCGUUACUGUUCACUACGGCUUCUAA